UUGUGCCAGCGCCCACGAGAAACACAGCAAACGGAUGCGAGCCAUCCGGACCGACUCUACUCGCACUCCCCGAUUCUUGCUUCCGCAUUACUGUGUACAUGUAACUGUUUACGCGGAGCGCGAUUAAAUGUAACGGUGAUACACGGCGAAACGUCGUCAGUUUGACCAUCCAAUCGUGAACGGAAGGCCGUCGGCUUUUCUUGUUUUCGUCGGUCGCGCGAGCAACAAGACGUGAAAAGCUGACACCACACCACAUCUGCGACACCGAAAAGUCAGAGAAGCGAAGAAAAAGCCUUACCUCAUUUGAUUUGCAGUUGAUUUCUCCCUCUUUUCGGGUUUGAAAAUCGAGUUUUCCGGCGCCACAAUCAUGUACGGCAUGCUACUAGAAUCGGUACAACAUUUUAUUCAGCUCGAGUACGGCGAAGAGACAUGGCUGGCCAUCUUGGAGAGUGUCGGCUACCGGAACACUGUCUUCCGUACUCACCACAUCUACCCGGAUGAACUGAUCAUGAAACUGGCCGACGCUGCCGUCACGCUCGUCGCCAACGGCUCAACGCGGCAGGACUUUCUGCGUUUUUUCGGUCGCUGUUUCGUCCGCUACUUCAGCCACUAUGGCUACGAGAAAUUUAUUAAAGUUUGUGGCCGCUACUUCUGUGACUUCCUGACCGGCAUCGACAAUAUCCAUUUGCAAAUGAGAUACAUGUAUCCGAAAAUGGUUUCCCCCAGCAUGUACAUAUCGCACGAAGAUGCGGAGGGCGUCCUGCUUCACUACCGGACGACACGCAACGGCUUCUGCCCUUACUUAAUUGGUCAGCUGCACCAGAUAGCGCACGACUUCUACGGGAUUCAAUUGACGGUGGAGGAACUGACUAAAACGCCUUUCAACAAAGAGGAGGGUUAUCAGUUUCGGUUCCGACUCAACUUCGAUAACCGCGACUACAUGACUGGUCGUUCGGCGUGCAACGGCAGUUUGGAGCUGGGCCGGAUAAAUAUCUCCAGCCGCGGAAGCGCCGGCACAAUGGCGUCCGAAAAAGCCCUGGCGUCGCUCUCCUCCAGCAUCCUGAUGCAGCUCUUUCCCUUCACCUUGGUUUUCCGUCCAGAUCUCCAGAUUAUCGCGGUCGGCCGGCAAUUGAAGCAAAUGUUUCCAGACAAUGCCCUUGUCGGCCAAGCGCUGCCUGAUGUCGCCAGAGUACGCCGACCCAAGCUCCUUUUCACAUGGGACAACUUGUACAGCCUCCAAAAAGUCUUGUGUGAAAUGGAGUUACUGCCAGCGAUCCGAACGGCAAAGAAAAACGCGCGCCACUUGGCUGCCUCCAAAGCGGAUUCAAAUGCGGUGGCCAAUAAAGAAGCGAAAGAGGAAAAUCGACGUCUUAUGCUGCAGGGACAGUUACGCUAUCUGUCGGACUGGAACGCAAUGAUUUUCCUUUGCAAUCCUUUAAUAAACAACUUGGAAGACAUGGACGGAAUGGGUUUGACAAUUAACGAUCUCAGCCUUCACGGACAUGGCAGAGACAUGGUGAUGGCCGGAUGGCAGCACAACUCACGGCUGGAAGAUAUGUACGAGCGGGCCGAAGAGCGAUCGCAACAGCUCCAGCAAACGUACGAACUGCAAGACGAGUGGAAAAAACGCGGAGACAAACUUUUGUACUCCAUGAUCCCGCAAUCGGUGGCCGACACUUUGCGUAGUGGCACCGACCCAGUUGACACAUGUCAAAGUGUCAGAGGAAUCCUUUGUGCAUUCGAGAGCAUCACAGUCUUGUUUGUAGAAUUAGCCAACAUCGACGAAAUCACAGCCACUAAUCCGAUGGAAGCGGUCAGUUGCAUGAACGCAGUUUUCUCGUGCUUUGAUAACAUUAUCGACCAACAUAACGUCUACAAGGUGGAGACGGUGGGAAAGGUGUACAUGGUCGUUGGCGGAGCGCCAGAAACAAACGAAACCCACGUCAAAGAUGUUGCCAUGGUGGCCCUUAGUUUUCGGGACGAAAUCGACAAAAUGGUGAAAGAUACUAAAAUGUCUGUUCACAUACGAAUAGGUUUCCAUACCGGUUCGGCGGUAGCCGGUGUAGUUGGAAAGAAAAUGCCUCGUUAUUGUUUUUUUGGAGACACAAUCAACACUGCUGCACGAAUGCAAACCACAAGCUUGCCUGGGAAAAUUCACAUCUCUCAAAACUCCUUUUGUCGCUUGCACAACUUUAACGGAUUUGUAUUCGAGAUGCGUGGGACGGUAUUCGUCAAGGUACAGGGCACGGAUACGUAUACAAGCUUACGAUUCCUGGACGAAAGUUGGUUCUCCGUACUUUUGUUUUCUAUUCUCCAAUUGGUCCCGCACGUUUGAAAGCGCACGACACAAACAUGAGAACCGACUUUCAACGACGACUUUACCAUACGAUUAUACUUGACUAUACCUUAUGCGUAUAUCCGCCUCUAUGGUCGAAUAAGUGGAUAUCAGAUAUUCAUGGUCAUAUGGCACUGAAUGCAACUGUGUCCACAUAUCAAUAGAUUGGCUUUGUUCGCACACUCGCUUUUAAAUCUGGUAUUUCACAAACAGAUCAUCGUUAUUGGUUUAUAACAAAUCUACAGCUCUACUCUCUAAUACUACAUAUUGCUUGAAAGUCUGCUGCAUAAACUUUCUUCCAACUGCUGUUAUCUUUUUCUUUUAUGUCCUAGGGCAAAGGAGAUAUGAAGACUCACUGGUUGCUGAGAUACGAAGCGCCCGAUGGGAAUUCGACAUGAGCUUUCCGAGACUAUCCCAGUACGGGU